UCAGUGUGCCAACCUUACGGAAGGACGCUCACACUCACGCCCGGACAAGCACUGUCGCAGUCGGAGCUGCGACUCAUCUGUGCCCCGGCCGAAGCUGCCGCUUCCCAUGGCGCACCGAACGCUUCCCGACUGCGCGCACCGCGUGGAGCUUCUUCGAGGUGGAAGGUAGCAAAUCCCCCCCCCCCCCCCCCCCUCCCUAGUCACCCCCACCCUCAGUCCCCCGCUGCAUGUGACUGUUGGGUCUUUAGAGAAGCUUUCACCGACUGCGGUGGCCGCACACCAUGCGUCUUCACUCUCUGCGUACCCCUCUGAGAGCCUCCCGUGACCCCAAAUAACUUUGUGCCGGGAGGUCUUUUUCCAAGGGGGGCGCCAGGAUGGCAGCCCAGCAGAAACAGACGCUCCUGUGGAUCAUCCUGGUGACUCAAUGCGUAUCAGCUCUGAGCUGCGGGCCCCAUUACGAGUUCGCCAUCGAAGAGUUCUGUUUAGAGAAAUUCCGACUGGACAUGCAAGAGCUGGACCAGGGACACUGGUGCAGCUGGGAGGACACUGUCGAAUUGUAUGGCGAGCUGACCAACUGCACAUAUCUGGUGGCGCUCAAGAUGGACUGCUUCUGGCCCAACCUGCUAGUGGACGACUUUUUCAUCCGCGUGCACAAGACCUACUUCCACAAUUGCUCGCUGUCGGGGCGGUUGCUCAGGGACCCCCCUAACCGCAUCCUGGGCCCCUUCAUCAUCAUGCCCAUCCUUGUGACGCUGUUCAUGACCGCAUUGGUGGUGUGGCGAAGUAAGCGAAGUGAGGGCAUUGUCUAGCGGAGUCAAAAGGAUGCUGGGAUUCCAGAAAGAUCGUUGUUUUUUUUUUAAGGCAAAUAGACCUGAAGGAACCUCGGACAUUAAAAAGUCGUUGUGACAACAAUCUAGCAGCUAUUUAUAUGAAUUUGAAAGCACUUGUACAGCAGACUAUCACACAAGAACAAGGAGCAAGGGACUUUCUACUUUCGAGAUCAGUAUUCCCCAACUUUUGCUCGUUAUAUUACAUUAGAAAAUACCUCACAGAAAAUCCAAUUGAUUUACUUGUUGUAAAUCUGGGCCUGUUUCAUUGUUACCAAGCUGAUGUAGUUGAACAAAGAAAUAUAUGACCGUCACGAUAGGUCGCUGGUAUACAGGUCAACAGUGGAAUAUCAGUUUUCAUGAUUAACAUUCUAAAUAGUCCAAUAUAAACCGAAAAGUAUGUUUUCUUCCACACAGAACUGUUGUUCAACCCAUUGGCUGCUAUUGACAUCAAUAGACGUUCAGUUAAUUUGAACUGGGAGUCUGGCAGAGAAUGAACAUUUGUUCAUUCACUCCCAACCUAUCUAUUAGCCUUUCUACUAGAAAUGAAUUUAUUUAAAUUCACGGCAGAGAGACGAAAACAGCCACAUGAUUGGACGUCUAUCACCGUCAUUAUCACUGCUAACAUAAUUUUGCACUUAACUGAAGACUCAUAACACCCAGUUCAAAUAGAUCGGUCACCUACUGCUGUUCAAAUGUUCAAAGAAUUCAAAACACAAUUCAAAGCACAAUAAGAAUUCCAACAGAUCAAGUAAGCCAACGCGCAUUUCUGCUAACUGCUGCCAAUGCCUAAAGCCCAACAUUUGUAUCAUAGACCUGAGCUUCGUAUUGAUCGAUGAUCUCUCGGCACAGUGUGGUUUCCUCAUUGAUAUUUUUGAAUGCUUUCUUUCCACCUAAGGUUCAUUGAGCUGUAACCUGCCUAUCAGCAGAAACAAACAGAACACACCAACUCCUCCCUAUCAUGCUCACUUUGUACUUUGUGCCAAAACCUCUUGGUGAAUAGAAGGCGGACUUUACAAUAGAAAGAAUGUCUGUUUUUUUGUCUUGGAAGGAUGAAAAUUUACCAUGUGAUCAGAAGAAAACGUUUAAUAAAGUGUCUUAUUGAUGUGUCAUGACUGGAC